AUGUUAUUAAUUAGUAAAGGCUUUGCCCUUUUAUUAUUAAUAUUUUUAAAUGCUAACUUAAUUGAAUCAAAAUGCUCCUGGGAUAAUUGCCCUAAAUGGUCAACUAAUUCAUCUGUAAUUAAUGUACAUUUAAUUUGUCAUUCACAUGAUGAUAUGGGGUGGUUAAAAACUGUUGAUGAUUAUUAUACUGGAGGUAUUUUUAGAAAAAAGAGAUUAUUUAAAUUUAAAAUUAAAUUAAAGUAA